AUGAUGACGCGGACCCCCCGCCGCGCCGCGCUGUGCCUCCUGGUCGUCCUCGUCGCCGCCGGCCACCGCGCGACGCGCGCGGCGGCCGUCACGCUGUCGACGUCGUCGCGGUGGGUCGUGGACCCGGCGGGGCGCCGCGUGAAGCUGGCCUGCGUGAACUGGCCGUCGCACCUGGAGCCGGUGGUGAUCGAGGGGCUCGGGCGGCAGCCCGUGGGCGCCAUCGCCGGGAUGGUGGUGUCCCUGGGGUUCAACUGCAUCAGGCUCACGUACCCCAUCGCGCUGGCGACCAACGCCUCGCUGUCGUCGCUCACCGUGCGGCAGUCCCUCCUGGCGCAUGGCCUCGCCGAGACGGCGGGCGGCGUCGAGGUCAACAACCCCGGCUUCCUCGACCUCACGCUCAUGGAUUCGCUCAAGGCCGUGGUGAACGCCCUGGGGGAGAAGGACGUGCUGGUGAUCCUGGACAACCACGUGAGCAAGCCGGGGUGGUGCUGCGGCAACGACGACGGCAACGGGUUCUUCGGCGACAGGGACUUCGACCCCGACGUCUGGGUCGACGGGCUCGGCAACAUGGCCACCAUCUUCGCCGACGUGCCCAACGUCGUCGGCAUGAGCCUCCGGAACGAGCUCCGUGGCCCCAGGCAGAACCCCGAGGAUUGGUACACGUACAUGCAGAGGGGCGCGGAGGCGGUGCACGCGGCGAACCCUCGGGCGCUGGUGAUCAUGGGCGGUCUGAGCUACGACUACGACCUGUCCUUCCUCGCGGCGAGGCAGGUGGGCGUCAGCUUCGCGGCGGAGUGCAAGCUGGUGUUCGAGGUGCACUGGUACAGCUUCUCGGACGCGCGCGCGUGGGAGACGGAGAACGCCAACGAGGUGUGCGCCCGCGCCGCGCGCGACUUCGAGCGCCGCGCCGGGUUCCUCCUCGCCCGGGGCUUCCCGCUCUUCCUCAGCGAGUUCGGCGCCGACCUCCGCGGCGGCGACCUCAAGGGCAACCGCUACUUCCCGUGCGCCGCCGCCGUGGCCGCCGAGCACGACCUGGACUGGGCCUACUGGGCGCUGCAGGGCAGCUACGCGCUGCGGCAGGGCGUCGCCGGGAUGGACGAGGUGUACGGCGUCCUCGACUGGUCCUGGAGCAAGCCCCGCAACGAGACCGUGCUCCCCAGGAUCCAGGCGCUGCAGCGGCCGAUCCAAGGGCCUGGCUACGGCGAGGCGCUGCCGUACACCGUUCUUUUCCACCCGCUCACGGGGCUCUGCGCGGCGGCGGCGGCGAACACGCUGGAGCUGCGCCCGUGCAACGAGACGGACGCGUGGGCGUACGCGCCGCCGGCGUCGACGCUGGUCCUGAGGGACGCCGCGGCGGCGGGGCUCCCGUGCCUGCGGGCCGAGGGGCGCGGCCUGCUCGCGCGGCUCGGCGCCAAGGCCUGCGGUGACGCGCUGUCGACGUGGCGCCUCGCGUCGGACUCGGGGAUGCACGUCGCCGUCGAGUCCCCGCCGGGGCUGGACAGCGGCGGCGGCGGCAUGCUCUGCCUGGACGUGGGCGCGGACGGCAGGAGCAUCGUGACCAACCCGUGCGCGUGCCUGCGCGGGGACGGGACGUGCGACCCGGAGCGCCAGUGGUUCAAGCUGGUCACGAGCACGAGGCGCGCCGCGCGCAGGCCGCCGGCCACGCUCGCCUAG